AUGGCUAAAAACAACAGGGAGAUUCUUACACAGGGUAAGGGCUAUGCACAGAGAAAGUCCAAGAAGCAUCUGGUUGAAGAAGUGACAUUCGAUAAGGAGAAACGUUAUCAAUACCUUACAGGGUUUCACAAAAGAAAAGUGCAAAGACAAAAGAAGGCACAAGAGUAUAUCAAAGAGCAAGAAAGGUUGGCAAGGAUAGAGGAGAGAAAGCAAUUGCGUGAUGAAAGGAAGAGAAAUUUGGAAAAUCAAUUGACUGAAUUUAAUGCAAAAGUCAAGGAGAUUGCAGCAAUUAGUGGUAAUUUCGUUGACUCUGAAGUGGAGGAUGAGGAAGAGGAAGAAGAGAAGAGAAAGGGAGAAAGCAGUGAAGGUGGCGAAAGUGUAGAGUGGAGUGGGUUUGACGAGGAAGAAGAAAAAGAAAAAGAAGAUGAAGAAGAAGAAGAAGAAGAAGAAGAAAUAGCUGAAGGUGAUGAUGGCAGUAAGUCAAAACCCUUGAAAGGAAUAUUAUUACGCCAUACAGAAGUAUACGAACCUAUCAUAAAUGGUGUGAAAUUUGAUGACGAAACAACAACCGUUACGAUAGAACCAAUAGAUAAUACAUAUAUGAACAAUGGAAAUCUAGAAGCAAUUGCCAAAGCCAAUAACGUGAAUCUUGCCAAAUCUGACCAAGUGUUGGAAAAAUCCAUUAAAAGGUCUAAGAAUUAUGCCGUGCUAUGUGGUGUAUCGAAACCAUCAUCAAAGCAGGAUAAGAAACCCAAAAAGAAGUUUAGAUAUUUGAGUAAAGCUGAGCGUCGAGAAAACAAUAGAAAAGAAAAGAUAAAGGGGAAACUCCGAGGAAAGAAAUAA